AUGGAAUAUUUGAAUAAUUCAGAAAUAGAGUUUGUUAAAGAGCCAAAUAGAUUAGAAAAAUCUACCAAGUCUAAAAUAAUAGUUGAAUCCUCACUAUUUAACACCUAUAACUAUCUACAUGAGGAUAAUACUAAAGUACUCUCAGCUAAAAGAACACUAAGUGGAUUUAGUAUAUACGCACACAAUGAAGGAGAUAGCUCCAAUGAAAGUUUUUUAAUAGGAAAAUUAAGAGCAAAUAUAUUUGGUACAAAAUAUUCAUUGGAGUUAGACAAUGAACCACUACAUGUAAAUUAUGAUUUAGCAUUUCUUAAGAAAGAUAAACCAAGAUCAUUUAAUGUUCAAUUAGGUCAUCUAAAUUUGGAAAAUAAACAACCAAUUUACAAUCCAGACACCAACAGCUAUUCAUUAAAUUUCAGUGGAAGAGUAACCAUUGCGAGUGUAAAGAACUUUCAAAUAAUUCAUAAACUUGAUCCAACUUUCAUAACCCUCACAUUCGGAAAAGAAAAUUCAAACUCCUAUAUUUUAGAUUUUACUCACCCCUGGUCUCCUAUAAAAGCAUUUUGUGUGGGUUUAACAGCAUUAGAUCAUAAACUUGGAUUUGAAUAA